AUGGGGGAGGAGGAGGAGGUGGAGAAAAGCGGGAGGAAACUUCCUCAAGAGGAGCAGCAGCGGUGGUGGCAGCAGAGAGCCAAACUACAAAGCUUCUUGGGGGUCCUUAACUUUUAUCACUCAUUCCUCCCCCACAAGGCAGCCCUAGCAGAGCCCCUUCACCGCCUACUGGAUAAAAAAGCCCCUUGGGUUUGGGGCAAACGACAAGCCGCCGCGUUUCAGGCUGUCAAGGACGUUCUGGUGUCCAAUGCGGUGCUCCACCAUUUUGACGAGGGCCUUCCCGUCAUCUUGGCUUGCGAUGCGUCGCCGUAUGGGGUGGGAGCAGUCCUGGGGCACCAACUCCCGGACGGGAGGGAGGUGCCGGUAGCGUACUACUCCCGCACACUGACUCCGGCAGAGCGCAAUUACGCGCAGAUAGACAAGGAGGCUCUGGCGAUCGUGGCAGGGGUCCGCAAGUUCCAUGAGUAUCUGUACGGGCGGAGGUUCACCAUAGCCACGGACCACAAGCCCGCGGCCCACAAGGGGUGCCUACUAUGGGGAAGUAGGGUGGUGAUUCCGCCCCCGCUGCAAAGGCGUGUUCUAGAAUCCCUCCAUGAGACCCACCUCGGCAUAGUUCGUAUGAAGGCCCUGGCUAGAAGCUACGUCUGGUGGCCGGGAAUGGACGGGGAAAUAGAGAGUUGGGUCCGCAGGUGCCAGACGUGCCAGGAGUCGCGGCCCGAGCCUCCCAGCGCCCCCGCCACUAGGUGGGAGUCCACCAGGAAACCAUGGUCGAGACUCCACCUCGACUUCGCGGGGCCCUUCCAGGGGCAGAUCUUCAUGAUAAUUGUGGACGCCUACACCAAAUGGCUCGAGGUCAUCCCCGUAGGGUCCACCUCGUCCGCAGCCGCAAUCCGAGCAUUACGCAGGGUCUUAAGCACACACGGUAUCCCGGACACCAUAGUCUCGGACAAUGGGACCGCUUUCACGUCCGCAGACUUCCAGGCGUUCCUCCAGCGAUACCUUAUUAGGCACAUAAGGUCGGCCCCCUUCCACCCAGCCACCAACGGUCAGGCAGAGCGGAUGGUCCGCACCACCAAGGAAGCCCUGGGC